AUGAUUGAGGGAAAAACCCUCGCCAGUGGCGGCCACGAGUUCAACAAAGAGGCUGGUAGGGGAAACCAGCGGAAGCCAAAAGAGGUCAGCAUGAACAUGGUUUUGGUACUACUGGCCGAGCCAAAGACAAAGGAAGAAUUGUUGGCUGUGGCUUUUAACGAGGUAAUACCCAAAGACGAGCCGAACAAGUACCGACAUCUCAAACCGCUAUACAUCUCGGCUCAUGUGAAGGGUGUGCCCGUGUCCAAGGUCUUCGUUGACUGUGGGGCGACAGUCAACAUCCUUCCCUAUUCCCUGAUGAAGAAGCUGGAUAAGUCAAAGGAAGAUCUCAUCCCCAGCGAUGUGGUCAUGAGCAGCUUUGUCGACGAUAAAUCUAAGACUAUCGGGGUAUUGCCGUUAAAAAUCACCGUGGCCGACCAGACCAGAGUCGCGGCCUUCUACGUGGUCAAAUCCAGCAUGGACUACAAUAUAUUGCUCGGUCAUGACUGGAUCCAUCAGUCUGGAUGCAUACCGUCCUCCCUUUUCCAACUGUUGUUCUUCUGGGAUGGCCAGAGGGUGUCCAUACACCCGGCCUGA